UCUGACGGGUUGGAGGGUCGCAGGUCAGAAACUCGGCAACUGCCGCUUCACUGUAACAGAGAGAGACCCGCGUCUGCCCCGUCUAUUACCCUGGACUCUCUCUGUGGGCGACUCCUGUUGUUUAUUAAAUUUAAGAGAUGUCUUAAGAGACAAAUUCAUGAGGCUUUUACGAUAUCCACGUUUUUGGGGGCAAAUUUGCCACAAUCUUCCUAGAACAGGACCUUCAGUAUUUGGGAGAUGGUUUACAAGUGGAUGGAGAAGGCCAUGCUCCAGCACAGCAGAAAAUCUAAAAGAAAAUGAUCCUGAUACAUCAGUGUUAAAGCAUCUCAUUUCAAAAAUAAAAUCAACAGGUCCCAUCUCAACAGCAGAAUAUAUGAGAGAGGUUUUAACUAAUCCUGCUACGGGUUACUAUUGCCACAAUGAUGUACUAGGAGCACAAGGAGAUUUUAUUACAUCACCUGAGAUCAGUCAAAUCUUCGGAGAGUUACUAGGAGUGUGGUGCAUCAGUGAGUGGAUAGCUGCUGGGAAACCGAAGACAUUUCAACUGGUUGAACUUGGGCCUGGCAGAGGUACUUUAACAAGUGAUGUGAUAAAGGUAUUCAGCCAACUCAGUUCUGUACUGAGUAAAUCUGAGAUUUCUGUUCAUUUGGUUGAAGUGAGCCCAAAGAUGAGUGAAGUUCAAGCACAGCUUUUGACUGAAGGAGAGUUGCAUUUAUCACACAACCCAAGCGAUAUAGUUUAUAAAAGAGGUAGUACCAAAACAGGUCUUCCAAUCUUCUGGUACAGGGAUCUGCAAGAUGUACCUAAAGGUUUCAGCUUUUAUCUUGCACAUGAGUUUUUUGAUGCCCUUCCAAUCCACAAGUUUCAGAGGACCCAGAAGGGAUGGCGUGAGUUGCUGAUUGAUGUUGAACCUAAGGUACCAAACAAGUUGCGGUUUGUUCUAGCACCUUCUGCCACACUGGCUUCAAAAACGUUGAUUCAGAGAGAUGAAGAAAGGGACCACGUAGAGAUUUGUGCUGAGGCUGGGGUUAUCAUCCAAAGACUGGCCAGCCGAAUCACUGAAGAUGGGGGAGCAGCGCUGAUAGCUGAUUAUGGACACAAUGGAACAAAGACAGACACCUUCCGAAGUUUCCGUGGCCAUAAGCUCCACGAUGUCCUGACGGCACCGGGAACCGCAGACUUGACGGCAGAUGUUGAUUUCAGUUAUUUUAAAAGAAUGGUGGAGAGCAAGGUGGCCUCUUUGGGACCAAUUGCACAGCAGCAAUUUCUGAAGAACAUGGGUAUUGAUGUGAGACUUCAGGUACUCCUGAGAAACUCAAAUAAUCCAAUUACACAAAAGCAACUGCUGGAUGGAUAUGACAUGAUUAUGAACCCUGAAAGAAUGGGAGAACGGUUCCAGUUUUUUGCUCUAUUGCCUCACUCGAGACUCUUAACUUCAGUACGAGGCAAGAGGACAGAGAGACCUGUGCCAACAGCACCACCUGUGGCAGGGUUCAGCGAACUGCAAUUCUGAGAAGGCAGUUUUGGAACUAAAUUCACUUCAUUGCCUAUAUACUCAUUGGAGUGAAACAAACCUGCAAGUUUGAGGUGAAGUGGGUGAUAACUAUUGUGAUCAAGUUUAGGAUUCUUCACAUUUGUCGUGAAGUAAGUGCAUGUGCCCGAUCAGAACACAAAAUUGCUAAUAGUUUUUUUGAAUAUGUGCACCUCUUACAUUUCCACUUUGUUUUUUUCUUUUUUCCUCAUCUCUCUGCCUCAAAAUAUUUCUCUUUUCUCCUUUGCGAGGCUUUUCACCCAAAGGUCAAUGAUGUUUCCUCUCUCUUUUGACAUUAAAAACUAUUGUGGAAUAAAAAACAUAGACCACACAAAUAAUGAACAGUAAUCAGUACAGGUUUUAUUACGAGCUUUAUUACAAGCUUACCGGUAAGGGGAAGCACCCAAUCAGGUUCCCAAGUCACCCGAGAUGGUACUUCCAAAGAAUGUAUAAAAACAAAUUCUUUUUCUUAACAGAUUAUGUGGCAUUUUACAACCAAUGAUUAUUUCUUACCAUGACCCGUGACAAUUCUGCAGCAUUUUCACAUCCAAUCAUAGCAAUUGAAAGUUUUCCUUUGUCUGCUAUAAUUUCACAUACUCAUAUCAGAGUCAUGUGAUCUUACCUGACCCUGAAGAGUGGUACCAUCUGGUUUUAACAAUCAUCUCUUCUAGUCUGGAAAAGGGUUGGAAUGUCUAAGUCUUUGUGUACAGACAUUGAGUAAGACCACUGUAUAAGGCUAUGUGGCAACACUGUGCACGUGCUUCAGUUAUCUAUCACGUGAACCAACCAUGCACGUUGUCAGGGUCGUAUAACCUCUGUAGGCUGAUGGUACUUUUAAUGUCACCUUCCACAAAAGCCAGACUUCUCAGUGCAGUGUUUUCCUUGUAUAGCACUUUGCUCCUCUAUUUUUACCACCAUCUUUCAAUCCAAAGGAAGCAAAUAACUUUAACCCAUUGGUAAUCAUUUGAACAAAUAAAAGCAUAGCUUUUAAAGCUAAGUCAGAAUGGACAGAUAUGACAUAUUAAAUUACAUACACACAAUAUUUUGAACAAGAUCUUUCUCCCACAACACAUUAGAUGCAAUUUGAAGCUCGCCUUCACAGUUGCAACAAUGUACUUUGUUUCACCAUUUGCUAAGAGAAGCAAGCACCUCCUCAUGUCCAGUUUCCACUUUAUCAAUCUACUUGGGUUCAUUGAGUGAGAUUGCCCAAUGUCAUGUAGGCUCCGGCCUGUUCCACGUCCCCCGACCCACGCCUUUGGGGGGAG